CCCUCGGGGCUGAGGUCCAACCUGUGGCUGUUUGAUCGCUCUGAUGGCGUGUGCGCGGCUCCGGUAUAUAAGGAGGCGCUGCGGGGACUGUGCACUGGAGACCGACACACACACAGCGAGUGCGACUGUGACUCACACCGACCCGCACCUCUCCAGCCUCGGCCCGGCCCCCGGGGUGCUCACUAGACAUUAACAUGCAGGAGAUGCUGUUGACCCUGUUGGUCGCCACCCUCUGUUUCACCAAAACAAGAGUGCGAGCCAGCUGUGCCAAUCCACGGGUGCAAAAAGAGUUCAACAUAGAGGAGUACGUGGGCACAUGGUAUGAAAUUGAAAGACUUUCUCCAAAUGGCAAAGCACCAAAAUGCAGUUCAGAAACAUACAUGGACGACUCAAAUGGAAUGCUUCGGAUUCUCAUCCAGGAGAUUACGGAAAAUGGUGAAAUGGUGAAGUAUGAUGCACAGAUGUUUAAGGAGUCGCAGAAAGAGCCAGCCAAACGGAUCAUUAUACCCUACGAUGAUCAUCUGUCACAGAUUCCCUUUGGAGGUAUAUCUGCUGCAUUGAAUUACUUUGUGCUAUCCACUGACUAUAGAAAUUAUUCCUUGGUGUAUUCCUGCCAUGGGUUUCCAGGUAAAUAUUCUAACAAAAAGGCCUGGAUUUUAUCAAGAGAAAGGACGCUAUCUGCAAAUAUCACUAGCCGACUGCGUAACAUCUUGACUUCAAACAAAAUUGAUACUGAGCACAUGAUUGUAACUGAUCAAAGCGAUUGCCCUUCAUUUUGAGUAGGAACUUAUUUCAGGCUCCACAAAUCAUGCCACCCUUUCAAUUCAUGAUUUAUAUGGUUUGGUAUUGGCAUCAUUCUGUAAUAUUUGUUUCCCAAUUAUUGCCCAAGAUCAAUUAUUCUCUCUUUGC